AUGAGCGCAGAGAUGUCUAUCGGAGGCAGCACGCCAUCGUCAAAGCAACGCAACAAGAAGAUGCUCAGUCUCUCCGUCCCGUCUCAGCCUACAACGACGACGAGCUCGCCUUUGCCUAGCGCAAGGCUCCCUCACGGCAGGACCGCACCCAGCUCACCCUUGCCAGAAGUUCACACGGGUCCUUCGAAGAUGAUGAUGCAAGCUACACAAGAUCGCAAUAGACUCGCCGCGCCCGUACAGAUACUACAACCUCGAUCGUGUCCCUCCACGCCAGACUUUAGCUCGACCACCACGCUCAGAGUAGCGGGACAGCAGGAUGAUGCUACAGCGCACCCGAGCGCAGAUACGCUCAAUCUACGUGGUCAAUUUGCAAUGAGAAAGCGCAAGUCGCUGCCCCGCUUACAGACGAACCCUCGACUGUCUCUACGCAGUACGAUCAGGUGUGAAGACAUCAGCAGUACCCCAACGCUUCCAUCUGCGGCGACGAGCACCUCGUCCUCCCAGCUAGACACUGCGCAAUCCUACUGGACCGCAGCCACAGAUUCCCCAAAGCCUCCGCUGCCAGAGCCUAGUGCUGCAACAGGAGCGGCUUCGGGCAGUCUACAUCUCGGCGGGACGACCGCAGGAGCGCCCCAGGGUCAUAUUGUGAGGCUCGUCAAGCGGCCAGAGGGAGACUCGGGAGAUGAGGAUUAUCCCUACCAAUUUGGUCCGAGGCAGAUCCUACCCGGCGUGUAUCUUGGCUCGGAAGAGAACGCGCGAGAUGUGCGGGUGCUAAGAGACCUCGAAAUUGGGCUCAUCAUCAAUGUCGCUGCCGAAGUCUUUCUACCCUACGCCGCGAGGACGAAUACGAGCAACGAGACAAUCCCGGAAGAGGACGAGAUCUCACCACUGUCUGCCACGCUCAACCGACUCAGCAUGGUCAGCUCACAUAAGGAUUCGCCGCGAAGUACACCUCUGCAGGCUAGCAAGACGCCUCCUGCUGCUACUGGCUCGACCCCCAGUCGGCCACAGAUUGUGAGAUCGACCAUAUCUACGCCGAACUUCCAAGCUACGAAAAAGGGCAGUAGCGAGUCACUCGACGAAAAAGGCAAGUCCAAAUCGAUGGAAUACGAACUACCCACAGUGAUCGACUGCCCGGCCGAUCCUGCAUCUGGCCGGCACGCCCUCAGGUAUCUGCACCUACGCUGGGGUCAUGAUCAAGAUCAACUCGUGCGAGAGUUUCCAGCGUUGUGCGAUCUGAUCGAUUCUGCUCGAGCGGAGGGCAAGAAGAUACUCUGUCACUGUCAGUGCGGCGUGAGUCGAUCUUCAACACUUAUACUGGGCUAUGUGAUGCGUCAAGCGGCGAGAUCGAACGACGAAGGCGGUCUCCUGACGCACUGUCACGGUAUGCACGACGCAUAUGUCUUCGUCAAGGCAAAGUCAGAGUGGGUGGGGCCCAAUAUCGGCUUGGUGCUACAGCUCGUCGAGUGGGAAAGAGUACUCGCCGGCAAGCCCGCUUCGUCGUUGGAAGAGGAAGAUCCCUUCUCUCCGCCUGAUCAGAUGAACAGUACGCCAACCGAACCCACUCAGAUCUCUUCCAGCUCGAGCUCGGACUCGCAUCUAUCUACGCCCGACUCGCGAUGGUCCGAACCUGUGAGAAUUGCUCAGGAGCGGCAGACAUCGUUCGAUCUGCUGGAUGAUAGCAACAUCGAAGCCCUCAAGUCGGAACGCGUCAGUCCGAUGUCGCUCAAGCACGCCAGUCCGAUCCCGCCGCUCAAGAUGGCAGUUCUCACUCGUGCUAGUCUGAAUGCACCCAGCCCCCAGUCUGCCCGUGCGGACGCUUUGCUCGAUUCGCCACUAGAGGUGAAGAUGCCCGGCGCGUUCGGUGCAGCCAGACAGACUGAAGACGAGAGGAAGGCGGCGCACAAGCGCGCUUUCUCUACCGAUCUAUUACGAAAUACUGCGCGCAGACCCUCUUUGGCAGACGAUGCUCCCGCUGGUCGGUAG